CCUCUCUAGUUUACUUCUCCCCACCACCACCCCCUCUCUCUCUCUCUAAUUUACCUCCCGUUUCCCAACGCCUCCUCACUAGCCAAGUAGCCAGCCACCCCCAACGUCUCUCUCCCGUCCCUGCUUCUCCGCUCUCCUCUGCUGUUCAGCUCCACUGCGUGCGCGUCUCUCUCCCUGUCUUGUCUCCGAGCCGAUGCCGCCGGAGCGCGCUCUCCACCCGAGCCGCACCCUCCGUCGCAGAUGAGCUCCAAGCACCGCUCCGCCGCCGCCGCCGCUGCUCCUGCGGCGGCGCCGCCGUCUGCUGUCCGGACGCCUCGAAGGCUGCGGAGGCGCCCGCUGAAGACGGCGUCGGGGUCCGGUGGCGGUGGCGGUGGCGGUGGGGGGCGGCGGAGCGGGCCCGCCACGCCGCUGCUCAAGUGGGAUGUGGGGAAUGGCGCGGAGAAGGGGGGUGGCGGCGGCGAGAAGGCAGGUGGCCCGUCGGAGAAGGCGGCUGCGGCGCGGGAUGUGUCGGUGAGGAGGCUCGCGGCUGGAGUGUGGCGGCUGCGGCCGCCGGAGGCGGUGGCCGGGGGCGCCGCCGCGGGGAGCGGGGAGAGGAGGAGGGUUCACGUCGGCCUCGAGCAUAUCCCAAGACAUCUACAAGUCCAGCUUAUUAAACAGAAUAAUUUGGUUCAUCACCAAACCCUUAAGAAUGAGAUUUCAAGCCCAAUUUCUGUUUUGGAACGAAAGAGUGGAGAGCUCCAUAAGGUACCGCUUCAUGCUGCUACAGCUGUGCUACCAGUCACCGCUAUGGAGAAGGCAACAAAAUGGGAGCCAGAGAGCUUGGAGGGAAUGGAAGCACAUGAUGCCUAUCUGAUAGCUAGUCAACUAAAUCUUCUCAACGAGCAGCAAGAUGCAACUUAUGUUGCUAACCUCCAGAUGGAGCUCCAGCAAGCACGUGAUCGGGUAAGUGAACUGGAAACCGAGCGACGUGCGGCUAAGAAGAAGCUGGAUCACUUGUUCAAGAAACUUGCAGAGGAAAAGGCAGCUUGGCGGAGUAGAGAGCAUGAGAAAGUGCGCGCAAUUCUUGAAGAUAUGAAGGCAGAUCUUGACCAUGAGAAGAAAAACAGGAGACGCCUGGAGAUGAUUAACUUGAAGCUUGUCAAUGAGUUGAAGGAAGCCAAGAUGUCAGCAAAGCAGCUACUGCAAGAAUAUGAUAAUGAGAGGAAAGCACGCGAGCUCACUGAGGAGGUGUGCAAUGAACUGGCAAGGGAGGUGGAGGAAGACAAAGCCGAGAUUGAAGCCUUGAAACAUGAUUCCCUCAAGCUGCGAGAGGAGGUUGAUGAGGAGCGCAAGAUGCUACAGAUGGCUGAGGUUUGGCGUGAAGAACGGGUGCAGAUGAAGCUUGUUGAUGCAAAACUUACUCUUGAUGCCAAAUACACACAAUUGAGCAAACUGCAACAGGAUGUUGAGGCUUUUAUUGCUGCAUGCAGUUGUGCUAGAGGAGACAUUAUGGUUGUGGAAGAAGCAGAGAACAUAAUACAGGCGAUCAAAUCUGUUAGAGCACAAGAUAUUGAAUUCAGAUAUGAGCCACCGGCACAAUCAGAAGACAUAUUUUCCAUUUUUGAAGAGCUGCGUCCAAGUGAAGAGCCUGUCAUAAAGGAGAUUGAGCCAUGCUACAAGAACAACUCUGCUAUGUGCGAAUCAGAAAUCCAAGAGGCUAGCCCAAUGACUGAUAUAUUCCUGGAAAAGCCAACCAAGGUGUACUCAAGUAAAAGCCCUCAGAAUGAGAGUGACACUGAAGAUGGCAGCAGCUGGGAGACAAUAAGCCAUGAAGAUAUGCAGGCUUCAAGUGGUUCACCGGAUGGAAGUGAACCGUCAGUUAACAAGAUCUGUGAUGGAAGCAUCUCUUGGACGAGCCGAAACGAUUUUGAGUACAAGGAAGCUGAGAAACUGAAGGAUGAUUCGACUGAUAUAUACCUGACAAACAUGAACCAACCCAAGAAGAAAGAAUCAGCCUUAUCAAAGCUCUGGAAGUCGUCCCGUCCAAAGAACAAUGACGUCUGCAAGAAAGAUGCUGUGGAGACGAUCAAUGGAAGAUCAUCUAAUGUUCGGCUAUCCGUUGGGACCCAUUCUACCAUUGACAGUGGCAUUCAAGAAAUAGGCCUCAGCUCGCCGAGCAUAGGGCAAUGGAGCUCCCCGGAUUCAAUGAGCAUGCAAUUCAACCGGGGCUUCAAGGGCUGCAUGGAGUACCCACGGACAUCCCAGAAGCACAGCCUGAAAUCCAAGCUCAUGGAGGCACGGAUGGAGAGCCAGAAGGUCCAGCUCCGGCAAGUGCUCAAGCAGAAGAUCUAGAGUUGCCACGACCACCGAAUAGGGAAAACAUUGUAAGCCUAGAAUUUAAUCCAAGGAAUAAUUCCAAGAGUAUUUCCAUGCUUCAUUUCUCUUGUUUUAGGGUAACUUGUAAUGUAUGCACUACAGUACUGAAGAAAAAGAUCAGGUUGGCCUUUGUGGGCCAGCUGGAGCAUUGCUGCUUCUGUAUCUCACUGUAGUCCUGGUGAUAUUGAUUCCAUUUGAUAGGCUACUGUGAGAUCCAUUAUGAUGUAUAAUAUAGACAUAAAGAAGCAGCAGUGUUCAGUCAAAUUACUGUUUUAGCCAUUCAUGGU